GCCGACGCCGACGCCGAUGCGUCGUACGUCGUACGUACGUAUGUACACACAGGAAGCGAGGUGAACGAGCGUACGAAAAAUAACAUCCGGAUGUACGCCGUUGUUUCCAAAGUUCAAUCUUUCUCUCGGCAGUGAAAGCGAACGACGAAGUGCGAUAACGAAUAACGCUCCUAGGUUAUCCGUGUUUCGCCCGCCGCGCGAUUCGAUCGGCGAUGACGCGCGGCAUUUAGGUUACGGAGGCCUGGUGCUCGACUGACGUGAACCAACGUAAACAACCGAUUCGGCGUGCUUCAGUUGGAUCCCGGAGGUUCGUAACGCGGAAUCCUGGGCUCAUGUAUUGGAGUGGAACAACGAGCACCAGCGGCGGCGGCGGCGCCGUGCGCGAGGAAUUGCCGAUGAGCACGGUGAAUCGUGUCGUGGGCACUCCCGCCGAAACGACGCAGAGCGUGAACCCUGGCGCGGGCGCGCAGGUAACGACGGCAUGCUGCACUCCGCCACCAUCCUAUCACAAUAUCAACUUACCGGUCGGCCACCCGUCCGUAUUAGUCCACGAAAGCGGCGCACCACCUUCGUACGAGGAGGCGAUAGACCCUAACGCAUCACCACCAUCCUACGAUUCGCUGUUUGGUCGUAUGAGAGAAGCCCGUAAAGUUUCGAAGGAUAUAUUCGAUUUCUUCAAGAAUAUUCUCUACUUACUUUUAGGCACGAUCGGCUUCACCAUCCUUCUUGGAAUGACAAUACUGAUACCACUCUGUAUGAUGGUGAUCGGUGGAUUGUAUCUUUACGACUGUCCACAAGGCGAAUACAUUCCUAUAUACUUGUUGGUAGGCGGCGGAUUUGGGAUAUUCAAACAGUACUUAUAUCUAUCAGGCAAAGUGCGAAAGUAUCAAGAGGGAAGAGAUCAAGAGAGGAUCAAGCAGUCGCCCACCGAAACACUGAUCACCUGCUUCAUGCUAGGAUGGUUCAUUAUUGGUUCUAUGUGGGUGUACAAGGAGUACGAACCGAAUUAUGACCCAGCGCUGGGGAAAUAUUGCAAUAAGACGUUGUACUUGUUUGCCUUCUGGCUGAUCACGUCGGUCUACAUAUGCUUGGGUAUCAUAACAGCCUGCAUGUGCAGCAUCACUAUAGCCAGCAUCGUGUGUCAGUGACCACCGCCGGUUCUGAUGUGAGACAGCGCGACUAUUCAAGUCGCUUCUCGUCCGCGUCUUUGAAACGACAUGCAUCCUAAGAUCUUCCAUAUUUAACGUGGUCGGAGAACCGUGUUUAUCGAUGAAAAAGAAUACGCCCCACUGCGUGCGCAUGAGUCUCCGUCUUUUUCCGAUAUGGGAAAUGUCAUCGAGAGCGUUCCUUCCGAUCGAUAAAUGUCAAUUGACGCGUUCCUUUUUUUUAGAUAUAAACAAUUUGGUCGGCUCGAUGAUUUCAGUAUGAAACGAUUCCAGUUCUCGUAUAUGGAUACAGUUAUUCUCUAAGUAUAAAAAAUCUUAUUUUGGGAACAAACCGAGCGAAGUAUUUGCGUACCCGCUUCAAAGGACUUGAAGGAACUCGUUCGCACGCAGCGUAGAAUCUCAAGCGGGAUUUUUAAGCGGCUUCUCACGACUUUAGCGAAUGGGCGCAGUUGUCCUCGCUCUAUCGGGAGUUGCAAUAUCGUUAUCGAAAAAGGAUGAAACAUUGGACAUCGGAGUCCUGUCUCUCUUCUCUCUCUCCCUCUCUUGGCAGCUUUCUAACGAAGAAACGAUGAGAGGCGAGGGAAAGCGAAGUCAUUUCGACUGGAUUAUGGGCUGUGUGUACGUCGCGGUAUUCGCGAAUCUUUUAAUCAUGUGCCAAUUGGUCGCGGCCGACCAAAGUAUUUUGCUAUCACGUUGCUCGCGCCGAGCACUACGCUUGCAUAGCGACGUUGACGCCUCGAUGCGACGGUUCCCGUCACAUAUCCCCGUGCGACAUGCGUGUCAAUCGUCGCGUCGACGCUAUUGACGUUAUUGACUACUCAACUCACUCCUCGGCAUUUUUGUCCGUGUUAAGCACUCUGUGGACUCUGUGGAUUUAAAAACGUACGGUCGAGUAUACGUUUGUUCGACGUGACACGCGAGACGUUAUUUACCGUUAAAAGACUGCGGUCUUGUGCGACGAUUUCUAUUUAUUCGCCCCCUCCUCCGUCCUUUUUACGUCUCCGUAUACAGAUCUCCGUUGGAUCUUCACGUCCCGAUGCACACUAUACGUUUCAUUUCCUUCUAGGGGAUAAGUCGCGCAAAGCAAUCGAUUAGAAAAUACGCGAGCGACGUAAAUUAAUUAUUGAUUAAAUAAGAUCGUUUAAAUAUUUUAAACUAAGGGGACACGCAUCAUACAUGUUUUCUCGAGGUAAUCACUUAAUUCUAAGGACUAAAAACGAGACAGUAUUCGUCAGUAUUCAUCGGGGGCUCGCUAUUUUCAGAAAAUCAGCGUACUCCGUUCGUCGCGCAACGUCGACGUUGCGUCAGCGUUGCGUUACGUCGACAUAUUAAACCGACUUGUAAUCCGAUUGCAGUAAUACAACCGUUUAUCGUGUUACCAAGUGUAUUAUAAGUAUUACUCUGUAUAUAAUACCAACGUUUAACAUUAUCAUUCCUCCCAUUUUUUUCACUUGAUUUUAUCGAUUUUAUCUGACACUCAAAUUUGGUCUUCCUCUCUCUCGGUCCUUACGUUUGUAAACGUAAUUAUCCCGAGCGUAAAAGUAGCAUAGCUAGCAUAACGAGCGUAGGCGUAGACAUACGGAUAAGCCUAGGCACGGGUGCAGGUACCCGUGUUUUGCAAACAUGCUUGCGCGCGUUAACGGUCGGCAAUAAUCGGGCUUGUGCUUUUCGUUUCCGCGUAAACAUUUAUUUCAAAUUAAUUUGAUCGCCGUCCCAUUAAUGUCGCGCUCGGCAGCUGGGGACGGAUUGUAAAUAACACGCAGUAAUAUAAUUAUCAAUGUAAAAUUAUCGAUCGGGCAAACACGUGUAUCUACUAUUUGGAUUCACUGUACUCAUAACAGCGUAAUGAAAUUAAUUCCUGACGUUGUAAUCGCAUUCCUACGUUUUGCAGACACGCACUUUGUUAUUGUAAUUUCCUAAAUAAAGCGCUUAAAAGC